CAAAUAAAUAGAAUAUCAUGGGGUAUUUGAAUUUCUUUCACUCUAGGGAUCCAAUAAAACAAUUCCCAUGUAAUAUCUAUUCAAAACAAAACCUAGUCGGAUGUUAACUAGACUUGCUGUGGUGAUCAUUUUGCAAUAUAUACAAAUAUCAAAUCAUUAUGUUGUACACCUGAACCUAAUAUAACAUUAUAUGUCAAUUAUACCUCAAUAAACAAAAGACUUACUUUUGCAAAAUCCCAAAUAGUCUAGGAAAAGGUGGCCUUUCCACUGCUGAGCCCCUAAGGCCAGUAAGGCCUCCUAUUUCCGGUCAAAGCAGAGGACCUGGGAGGAUAGGUUUCUGCUGAAUUUAGACUCAUUUGCACAGCAUUCCACAAGCUCCCAAUUCUCUUGCUUCAUUGCUGCCCCUGCAGACAAACAGGUAGACCAUUUUUAAUUCAAGGCCUUCACUGAUUUCCUUAGGGGAAACAGGAUGAAAGAACAUGAUUACUAAGCUUCUGGUCUAAGUGGCUGAUCUGUAGUUCCAGACUGUUCAGCUGAGUCAGUGAUGCAGAACCUUCUUUCCCCAGCCCCCUUUCCUCCUUAAUUAGCAGCGCUAAAGGGUAAAGGCCUUAAACAAUAGAAGUCAAAUAGCCCCCGGGGAAGUACUCCAUCAAAAUUUGCAUUUUUGAGACGCUUCUAGGGAGACUGACUCAAAUUCAUUCUUUCUCUAGACUCUUUCUCUAGAAUUCUAGAGGUUGGCAGUAAUUGCGGAACUGCAGGAUAAAACGUUAAAAUGCUGGUGAAAAAUUAGGAAUAGCUUGCAAGACGUAAAAUUCGGGGCUAUGAAAUCUAAAGAUUGCCCUCCAAUCUAUUCAACUUCUUAGAUGCUACCAUGCAAAUUUGUUUAAAGUCCCUCCAAAAUGACAGUUUUGGUUAAGUUCCCUAAAUAUCAGGCAUUAUUUUAACCCAGAAGAAAAAGAUACGACUCCAGUUUGCAGGAUUAAAGUUCAAGGAUUAAAUUCGCCACUUGCUUCAAUACUUCAAUAAUUGGACCUGUCGACACUUUAGGUAAGAAAAACUCAGCAACUGGUGUAUAAAAUUACUGAGUUAAAUGCGAGUACUGGAUGCCAAGAGGAAUUACGAGACAAACCGUACGGUGUAUCAUGUUUCCACGGUAGGUUUAUCGACCCCCUAAGAAGCCCUGGCUUAGUCUUUUUGAAUGCUGGGCACACUCAUAGGUCGAUAGAGUGUAGGUGAUUUAAAUAGUUCGUCGGUUGUGAUACCAACUUUACCUCAAGUCUACAGAGCGGCGGACAAUUUAAUCAGUCCAUACUCUUUUCCAAGCCAGCAGCCAUGGCAAGAAUCCUUUUCACUUGGCGCGAUUACAAGGAAAACCCUGAAAUACUUUUAAAAAUACACAUGCCAAAGAACUGGAGUUAAGUUAUUAGGAUGGGGUUGUGUAAAGCUUCGGUGACUCACUAAAGGAAGUUGGGACCUGAGGUCUCAGCACCGGAGGAAAACAGAAAAAACAAAAGUUGGGGGCAGGCGGAGGGUCGCGAGCACACUUUUAUAUUUGAUUGGCGGAACCACUCAGACUUUUCUUUAUGGCGUCACCAGGUACCUGCCUGUAGAAAGGCCCCGUCUGCGUGACGUCACGCCUCACUGACCAAUGAAAAGCCCCAAUCUGCGGGCCCCGAGGAGGGUUGUGGGCCCUUUUUUGUGAAUGAAGGUCCACGGAACAGCCCCCCUGGGGUCCCCGGGAGCCGCGGCCCGCUGUGCUCCCGCGCCUCGGCAGCAGCGUUCGCGGCUGCGGUGGGCGCGCGCGGUUACCCCAGGCAGCCCCAGCAGCCGGCGGCAGCACCGUCGCCUCGGCAGCGCCAGAGGGCUGCGGGCACCUGGGGACGGGCUGGGGGGCGUCGGCGGCGGCAGGAGGCGCUGUAGCCAGGGCUGCGGCGCGGGUCCCGCGGCGGCCGCAGGAGGGAGCGGGGCAGGCGCGGUGGGCCCGGCCCCUCCUCCGGCUCCUGCGCGGCCGCCUCCCGCCGGGCUCGACCGGCGCCCGCCGUCCCCGCAGCGCCGCUCCGCGCCCGCCGCCCCGAGCGCCCGCGCGCGGCGCUGGCGGGGGCCUCGGCGGGCGAGCGGGGCCAUGGUCGUGGCCCCCUGACGGGCCGCGGCCGCCUCCAUGAAGCGGAAGAGCGAGCGGCGGCCGAGCUGGGCCGCCGCGCCCCCCUGCUCGCGGCGCUGCUCGGCGUCCUCGCAGGGAGUGAAAAAGAGCCGCAGCUCCACGUCGCAGGAACUGCACCGCCUGGACCAGCAGGACGACCUGUACCUGGACAUCACCGAUCGCCUUUGUUUUGCCAUUCUCUACAGCAGACCAAAGAGUUCAUCAAAUGUACAUUAUUUCAGCAUAGAUAAUGAACUUGAAUAUGAGAACUUCUACGCAGAUUUUGGACCACUCAAUCUGGCAAUGGUUUACAGAUAUUGUUGCAAGAUAAAUAAGAAAUUAAAGUCCAUCACAAUGAUGAGGAAGAAAAUUAUUCAUUUUACUGGCUCUGAUCAGAGAAAACAAGCGAAUGCUGCUUUCCUUAUUGGAUGUUAUAUGGUUAUAUAUUUGGGGAGAGCUCCAGAAGAAGCAUAUAGAAUACUAAUGUGUGGAGAUACAUCCUUUAUUCCUUUCAGAGAUGCUGCCUAUGGAAGUUGCAAUUUCUACAUUACACUUCUCGACUGUUUUCACGCAGUAAAGAAGGCAAUGCAGUAUGACUUCCUUAAUUUCAACUCAUUUAACCUUGAUGAAUAUGAACACUAUGAAAAAGCAGAAAAUGGAGAUUUAAAUUGGAUAAUACCAGACCGAUUUAUUGCCUUCUGUGGACCUCAUUCAAGAACCAGACUUGAAAGUGCAUCUGGUGAAUUUCUCUAUGUAGGGUACCACCAACAUUCUCCAGAGGCUUAUAUUCCAUAUUUUAAGAAUCACAACGUUACUACCAUUAUUCGUCUGAAUAAAAGGAUGUAUGAUGCCAAACGCUUUACGAAGGCUGGUUUCGAUCACUACGAUCUUUUCUUCGCGGAUGGCAGCACCCCUACUGAUGCCAUUGUCAAAGAAUUUCUGGAUAUUUGUGAAAAUGCAGAGGGCACUAUUGCAGUACAUUGUAAAGCUGGCCUUGGACGAACAGGCACUCUGAUAGCUUGCUACAUCAUGAAGCAUUACAGGAUGACAGCAGCUGAGACCAUCGCUUGGGUCAGAAUCUGCAGGCCUGGCUCAGUGAUCGGACCACAGCAACAAUUUUUGGUGAUGAAACAGGCAAGCCUCUGGUUGGACGGUGACUAUUUUCGUCAAAAGUUAAGGGGUCAGGAGAAUGGAAAACACAGAGCAGCUGUCUCAAAACUCCUCUUGGCUGUUGAUGACAUUUCAAUCAAUGGGGUCGAGAAUCAAGACAAGCAAGAACCCGAACUGUACAGUGAUGAUGACGAAAUCCAUGGAGUGACACAAGGUGAUAGACUGCGGGCCCUGAAAAGCAGAAGACAGUCAAAACCAAACGCUAUUCCCCUCACAGUAAUUCUUCAGUCCAGUGUUCAGAGCUGUAAAACAUCUGAACCUAACAUUUCUGGCAGUGCAGGCAUUACUAAAAGAACUACCAGAUCUGCUUCAAGAAAAAGCAGUUUUAAAAGCCUGGUUCCUCAGAGGGAAGGAAGGAAAAGGAACGCUUUGCAGCAAAUGCCCGUAAUGGCAUUAUGUCCCUCCAUUUCAAGGACUAAAACAGUCUUGCGUUAAGUAAAAACCUGUGACCAGAACUGAAGGAAGACUCUAGGAACAGAAAACUACAGCAGGACUUAGCACAAAUUUAUUUGGAAACAAAACAAAAUUGCAAAAGCCUUAGCUGCUUUCCACCUAAGAAGUUGAUUCAAUGAAGACAGUGUCCACUGGAGUUUAAAUAACUACAUGAGUUUGGGCACAAGCAGUGACUUGAAGAAGGCCCGCUCUCCUUUGGUAGAAACGUCUCAAGUUUAACGACAAAAAAGCCGUUGUAAGUUUAGUCUCAGGUGUAAAUAUGAAAGCCGUCUGGUGUCGGAAGAGCUGACUCGCCGGUGUGGUGCACGUGUGUCCCUGUGAUGGCAAUCAUUCUAGCUGCUGGCCUUCAGAGGAAGUGAGGAUCUGAUGGAGGUUUUUUACGUAUUUAUUUUCUGUUCACCCUGUGUCAAAAUUUAUAAAGAGAAAACAGGCAUUACUGAAAUGGUACUCUCUGUAAUUUGAUACUAUUUGGUUUAACCAUCUUCACUUUAAUAUUUGUAACAUUGUUGUAACAGUAACUCUGUUAAGUACCCAAGCUGCUUGUCUUCCACCAAAGAGUGCUUUAUUAACAAGAACCUGUGAAAACCCUGUUUGAAGACUGUUGGAUGUUGUGAUACAAAGUGGUACUUUGGCAACCUAAACUGGUAAGACAAUAAGAGUGGUAGCUCUAGAAGACUCGGGAGGGGAAGCUGGCUGCAGAGUUGGAAUAUUGUGGGAAGUCAUUCCUCUUCGUGUCACUGAGGGACUGGAGGAUGCCGAGGCUGCCCACUGUUUGGUUGCCUGGUCAUACAAAUUAAAAUCCUAUUUCCUUCCACACAUGAUUUAAAAACAAAACAAAACAAAACACUGUUGGUGUUUCCCUUGGAAAUAGCCAUCGCAAAUAAUGGUGGCUUUAAAAAAAAAAGGUACUGCUUUAUUAGGGUCUUUCUCUGUAGCAUUGUGGAUUUCUUUUUUUUAUGUGAUCAGCCUAAGACCAUUCACACACCCUUUGACUUCAGUGACAGUUAUUCGCAUCUGGAUUUCAGUUGUUUGUAAAUAAGAGACUCACUGUUGCCUUUGGUUAGGGAAUACAACUAACUCUUUGCAGAGUGCCUUCACCCCCCACCCUACAGAAACACAGCAGAGUCUGUGAUAUAAAGCAAUCACAAAAAAAAACAAUUUAUUUGCUGCUAAAACAAAAAAAAGGGGGGGGCCCAAAAUAUAAGAAUAUUUUGCAGUCACUUUGGUUACCUCCAUUAAUAAGAAGUGAAUGGUUUUAGUUAUUGUUAACCAAUUCUUGCCUAUCCUGGUUUGGAGAAUGGGUACAAUAUGGAAAGGCUAGAGAAGGCAAAUGCCUUCACAUUACAAGAUGAAUGAGCCAGGUGAGCAGGCAAUUCCAUUUUAAAAAGCUGCCUUUUUAACAAAACUAUGAGUGGUAAGAAGCGGUUGGAAUAAACAGAUUAAAGUCUGCUAAUACAGAAUUCCAGUUAAAGUUACUGGAAGGCCAUGGCUCCAUUUUGAUAUUUGCUCUCUUGGAGUAAAUUAGAAGGUUGACUGGUGGUGAUGGCAGGUGCCACCUUCUUGGUCAGACAAGCGCUCUUCCCCAUCAGGUGUAACGGGUGGGUUGUGCCGGCUUUUAAACACGGGACUAGAUCGCAGAAAAAAAGGUGGUUUUCUAUCCCUGGAAGUGAAGACAUACAAAGACCCACUUCCCCGACGGGAAGAGCCCUCUUCACUAAGCUCUGGGUGGGAGAAGAAACAUUCCAUCUGCUGUCUAGGAGACAAUACUGAGUAUUCAGACUGUGCCCUUGCAUAAAACAUUGAAUUCUCAGGGCAAUUCUUCUUCCCUUGACAAUUUUAAAGGCCAUCUCCUGCAUAAAUCAUCCAGGUAGUUAUGAAAAUCAAACUUCCAUCUGAACUGUCCCUGGUUUGGCUUUUUAUUACAUCAGAACAAGUUAAAUGUGCUGUCUCCCUCACAGUGAAUAAGCCAUUUGGUGUCUUGGCCAAGAGUGAAAAAUCUGGGCUUCAGUGUUAACCACAGUACUUUUUAUUUUACAAAUUGCCUUUUUGUGUUGGCUGCUCAAGUUUCCAGCUAGCAUUGCUGUUACUGUGGCUCCUUCUAAAAAAUCCUCAUGUUUGACAGGCCCACUGAAAUGAGUCAUAGGAAACUAGUGGUUUGAUAAAGGAGCGUCCGUGGACCGUACCAGGGAGUUGGGAGGGUGCCUUUCAGGCGGGUUUGAUGGCACACCAGUCAGCCUCCCGGGGGCACAUGGAGAAUCCGGGAAGUCUCGGGUCUGACUGAUGGAAAGCUCUUCCUGCUGUGAAUAAGAGGGGACUCUUUUUUUCCCCACAGGAAACUUCACCACAGCCAGAAUCUUCUGAGAUUCUAACUUCCUUGUCCAAGAGAGACCCUGUUGCUAGGGAAUAUGAAAUAGGGCACGUCAGAUGGAGAGAUUCCUUUAAACUUAAGAGCCUGAAAUAGCUUUGAAAGGACACCGAGACGGUUUCCAAUGGGAUUAAAAUUAGAAAUGAAUAUUUUUAGGUGUUCUUGAAGCUUUUGGGGGACUCACGUCCAAAGUCAGAGACAGUCCAAAGAAAGGGUGUCUGCAAAGCUGGGUAUCUAGAAGUAUAGACAGACUUCUGUUUUGUAAUGCUGAAGGAAAACUAGACCCUCUCUUAGCUGUCGGUGCAGAGGGGUAAGACCUGAGCAGUGCCUCACUAAAACAAGCAGCCUUCCUUGUCCGAGUAGCCGCUUCUAGGCGGCACGCCGCUCUUCUCUUCUAACCUUGGCCCCAUUAGUCUGUCACCCACCCACUCCCUCUCGUCCCUCCUCCCCUCUCACAGGGGUGACUUCUACCUCUUUUCUUGGGCCCAGACAUUUUUUAGAGGAGUUCCCAAGUGUUCUCCUGAGGCGAACGUGCUUGCCGUUGGAGCCUGAUGGCCGGUUCGGCGCGCCCCGCGGACCACAGGCGUUCUGGGAGGUGUUGCGCCAAGAGCUCCUGGAGGCUUUCCUUUGCUUGAAUCACCACCAUUCAUGACAAAUGAGCAGUGCGCUCUUUUGGUGUUUGUGCUAAAAGUAGCUUAACUGUUUCUCUUCAUACAUUUUUAAAAGUAAUUAUUGCAUUUUGGAAAGCAGUGCUCAUCAAAGACAACUUUAAAAACCCAUUUUAAUUCUUUAUUAGUUCUCUCCUGCUAAAACUGUCCUGGUAAGGCUAGCUGCUGCUUUUCCAUUUCUCCUCAAUCUGAGUAUUCCUCAUGUCGCUAAGUGGAAAUACUACAGAUACGUUUAAAAGACUGGACAAUCCACCUAUACUGUGUAGGAAAUUACCUCCUUAACUGCCCAGUAGAAUUAACUGUCAGCAGCAGAUAAGUUCAUCUGAUUAUAGUACUGCAGUUUUAUAUUAAUAAUUUGCAGACUUUUAUCUAACCUGCACUCAUGUACAGAUUAUUAAAAGUUUUAAAAUGUAACUGAUUAAUCAGUAUUUGAUCAAUCAUUGUUUUGAUUUUUUUAUUAAAAUGUAUAUUUCUAAUCAUAUUUUAUAAAAGCCAAGAGAACUGGUUGAAUGAAUGUUUAUUUUCCUGAAGGUAUUUUUAAGAUAAAGCUUCAUAAUGGCCUGUAAACUUUGCAUAUCUAUGUAGUUUGAUAUGUAUUGUUGAGUUUGAAAAUCUUGUGUAUUGUAACUGGUUUUAUACAAAAUAUUAAAUAGUGAAAAUUGUAUAAUUAUAAUCAUAUAAUUAAAAGUAUUAACCAAA